AUGGAGGAGGCAGCAGCGGCAUGGCCAGAGCAGUUUAAGCUUAGCAAGAUGUGGGAUUCGUGUGAGAUUACACGUGAUCAGAUGAGGAAGCAGCAACGAUUGCUGGAUUGGCAGAGUGCCCAGGCUACCGGUGUUGCUACGAAGGCCACCCUCAAGUUGAACAGGUUCGUUGUUCGGAAGACAAUGCAGGUGAAGGAAAUCCACCGACUGCUCGUGACUUCGCCGGACACUGUCAAGAUGUAUGUCGACGAAUGGGGUUUGAAGAGGCUGAUGAGCUAUACGCUUCGGCGAUACCGCACUGGAGCUCUGAACUUUCGGGAUGCAACGCUGCAGCCCAUCAUGAAUCUGAUGAUUGCUAAGUGGGGCGGUGGUGAUCCUGAUGGCGAGAACGGUGGUGAUGAUGAGGCUGGCGAGGCUGGCGAUCCAAGCGACGGUGAAGGCCACCACGACGAUGCUCCAGUGGUCGAGGCUGAGCACGAUGAGCCUGCUGUGGAGUAUGUGGACCCCUACCUGUUACCGGAUGGGCAGGUGUUCGAGCCGUAUUCGGAAGAUGAGUUUGGGGACCCUGUGCCUUGUCCAAACAAUCAGGAGCCUGUGCCUACUCCAGACAACCAGGAGCUCGAGAUGCCUACGCCAGACAACCACGAGCUCGAGAUGCCAGUGCUUGGGGGCCCUUUUCCUACGCCAGACAACCAGGAGCUUGAGAUGCCGUUGCUUGGGGGCCCUUUUCCUACGCCAGACAACCAGGAGCUCGAGAUGCCGUUGCUUGGGGGUCCUUUGCCUACGCCAGACAACCAGGAGCUCGAGAUCGGUGUGCCUUCAAAGGAGCCUGCUGAGAUGCCGGUGAUAAGGGAUCAUGAGGUCGCAUAUCACGAGUUCAGCUGGUGGGUCUUCGGAGUCCUCGUUGGCAAGCAAAAGUUGGCAGAGAAGCAAGCCCAGAGAGCUAUUGCCGCGAGAACAUCAUGCGACCCGAGCUCUUUGGACACCCAGCCCUUCGACAUCUUCGACGCAGCUGCUGGCACUGAGUCCAUCGCCUCGGCUCCCGAGAAAGCUUUCACUGUUCUGGAUUUCAAGGCAAUUUUCGGACUUGCAGUUGCAGAGGUCAGCAGAACGGAGCAGUUCAAGGGCAAGCCGGGGAAACGCAAGGCAGGUGGUCAUGAAGGUGCCACGGCAAAUGAGGGGGAGCAGGGCGACGAAAGCGAUGAGGACGACGAUGAGCCGGUGGUGAAGAAGCGACCUGCUGCCAAACGGACGAAAACCAAUCAUGGGGGAGCUGCCAGUAAGGCCACUGGCGGUCGUGGACGCGGUCGUGGCCGUGGACGUGGAUGUGGUGGGAAGAAGCCAGGUUCUUCUAUCCCGCCGGAGGAGGAUGCAAAGGUGAGCGGCGAUGCUGCCGACGAGCCGGGGGAGGACACAAAGCCGAGCAGCGAUGCUGCCGACGAGCCGGAGGAGGACGCAAAGGCGAGCAGCGAUGCCGACGACGAGCCGGAGGAUGAGGGCCCAGCUUCGCCAGGCGAAGCAAAGCCCUCCAAGAAGUCCACAGCGAAGGCAGCCGCCAAGAAAGCACCGAAACCGAAGGCAGGCGCCAAGAAAGCACCGAAACCCAAGGCAGCCGCCAAGAAAGCACCGAAGGCAAAAGGCAAAGCAGUGGCGAAGGCGAAAGGCAAGCCAUCGGAUGAGGAGCCGCCGGUCAAGGAGAAGGUGUUCGCCCGCCGUCCACGCCCGAAUCCUCCAGACCAAGCGAUGCAAUGGCAAGCGAUCCGGGACAUCUUUGACAGCCACGUGAAGCCUUCCUUGCGAUUCCCUUCUAAGCAUGAGUAUGCCUGGUACGACAUGAUCAAGCCCCUCUUCGAUGCGAACAGCACGAUCGACGACUACCUCAAGAUUGCCCGUGCCCGGGCGAGUGACUUUCUGAAGUCGGCCGUCUCAAAGUGA